AUGGUUCAAGGCAGCCCAGUAAACGAAACAUUACAAAGGGUUCUUAUGGUUCCUCCUGACCACUUUGUUGUUGAGUAUAAAAUUAAUCCGUUUAUGGGUGGCGUCGUGGACAAAGCAAAAGCGUCUAAACAAUGGAAUGAGUUGAAAACUACCAUAGAGUCAGAAGGUGUUAAGGUAGAAGUUUUACAACAAAAGGCAAAUCUGCCUGAUAUGGUUUUCGUUUGCAACACAGGUUUAGUUUACCAUAAUGAGGAAGGUGACGGUAAAGUUUACCUUUCCAGAUUCCGUCAUAAGCAACGAACUGGAGAACAAGACGAAAUUUUUCCUUGGUUCAAGAAGCAGAACUUUGAAAUUUACGGGGACAGUUAUGAGGAUUAUUUCGAGGGGGGUGGUGAUGCCUUUUUCUCGACUUAUUCGACACUCUGGGCUGGUUAUGGACCGAGGUCAGAAAAAAAGGUUUAUGAGAAAAUUAAAACAAUGGGCGAUUUUGAAGUGGUGUUCUGUGAAUUAAUCCAUCCAAACUUUUAUCACUUAGAUACAUGCUUGUGUCUGGUUGAUUCCACCACAAUGCUAUAUUACCCACCUGCUUUAUCAGCAAAAACCCGAGAAACGAUUUUGGAAAAGAUGCCAAAUUCAAUAGCGAUUAAUGACGAAGAGGCUAAUGCAUUUGUGUGUAAUUCAAUAACGGUCAGAAACACUGUCAUUAGUCCACUGGGUAUGUCGAAUGAUACAAAAAGAAAACUCAAUGACCGAGGUUUUCGAGUACAUGAAAUAGAUAUGAGCGAGUUCAAGAAGUCUGGUGGCGCUUGUCAGUGUCUUGUUUUGAAACUGUGA